AUGAGUCAAGAAACGAACGGAAUUCAAACCGUUCUUGUAUCCGAAGAAGAUAAGGUUAAAGCUGAGCAAGCAAAAGUGGCCGCAAAUAAAUUAUUUCAGGCCAAGAAAUUUGAGGACUCGAUAGCCAAGUAUGGGGAAGCAAUUAAUUUAAACCCUAACGUCGCAGCUUAUUAUGCAAACCGGUCAAUUGCCAAUAUGAAAACCGAAGCAUAUGGAUACGCGAUUACAGAUGCCGAAAAGGCUAUUGAAAUAGAUCCAACAUACAUUAAGGGUUAUUAUAGAAGAGCAGCGGCGAAUAUGGCGUUAUGCAAGUUUAAAGAAGCGCGUCGGGAUUUUCGUAUUGUUGUGAAAAAAGCACCCGACGACCAAGAUGCAAAAGCCAAAUUAAUGGAAUGCGAAAAAAUCGUGAAAAGAAUUGAAUUCGAAAAGGCCAUCGAGGUGGAUUCUGAUAGACUCAGUGUUGCUGAAACUUUUGAUGCCGAUUCUAUCGCGGUGGAAUCAUCUUACGAUGGUCCAGUAAUAGAAAAUGGUCAAAUUACGAAAGAAUUUAUUGAACAGAUGAUUGAACAUUUUAAAAAUCAAAUGAAAAUUCAUAGAAAAUUCGCAUAUCAAAUUAUGUUAAAAACACCCUCGUUGGUUGAUGUAGAAAUACCAAAAGACUGCACAAUAACUGUUUGUGGAGAUGUUCAUGGUCAAUUUUACGAUUUGCUCAACAUUUUCAAGAUUAAUGGUCCGCCAUCCGAAAAGAACAUGUAUCUUUUCAAUGGAGAUUUUGUUGAUCGUGGAUCAUUUAGUCUUGAGGUCAUAUUGACCUUGUUUGCAUACAAAUUGCUUUAUCCGGAUUCGUUUCAUUUGAAUCGAGGCAAUCAUGAGACAGAUGAUAUGAAUAAAGUUUAUGGAUUUGAAGGAGAAGUUAAAGCUAAAUUCUCGGAUAAAAUGUUUGGAUUAUUCUCAGAAGCAUUUAGCACUCUACCACUCGCACAUCUUAUAAAUAAAAAAAUUCUCGUAGUUCAUGGUGGCUUAUUUAGCCGCGAUGAUGUUUCAAUAGAUGAUAUUAGAAAUAUUGAUCGAUUCAGUAAAAGACAACCUGAACAUGGAAGUAUUAUGUGUGAAAUUUUAUGGUCUGAUCCACAACCACUCCCAGGUCGUGGCGUAAGUAAAAGAGGCGUUGGAAUACAAUUUGGACCUGACAUUACUGAAGAUUUCUUGAAGCGCAACAAUCUUGAUCUAUUAAUAAGAAGUCAUGAGGUCAAAGAGGAUGGUUAUGUCGCUGAACAUAAUGGCAAAUGUAUUACUGUAUUUUCUGCGCCAAAUUACUGUGAUAGCAUCGGUAAUAAAGGAGCAUUCAUUAAAAUCACGCCAGACUUGAAGCUAAACUAUAAGACAUUUUCGGCUGUGCCUCAUCCUAAUAUACGACCUAUGGCUUAUGCCAAUCAAUUUGGUGGGAUGUUUACAUGA